CUUUCUUUGUUCUCGCUCAGGUGGAGCUCCAGCUCCUAUCCCUGACAGCCAGGAUCAUGAGUACUAGCCUAACCACUUGUGAGUGGAAGAAAGUCUUCUAUGAGAAGAUGGAGGUGGCAAAGCCGGCCGACAGCUGGGAGCUCAUCAUAGACCCCAACCUUAAGCCCAGUGAACUGGGCCCUGGCUGGAAGCAAUAUCUGGAGCAGCAUGCCUCAGGCAGGUUCCACUGCUCCUGGUGCUGGCACACCUGGCAGUCGGCCCAUGUGGUCAUCCUCUUCCACAUGCACUUGGACCGCACCAAGAGGAUGGGUUCGGUGCGCAUGCGUGUCUUCAAGCAGCUGUGCUACGAGUGUGGUACGGCACGUCUAGAUGAGUCAAGCAUGCUGGAGGAGAACAUUGAGAACCUGGUGGACAACCUCAUCACCAGCCUGCGGGAGCAGUGCUAUGAUGAGGAUGGUGGUCAAUACCGCAUCAAUGUGGCCAGCUGCCCAGACAGUGGUGAGCACCGCAACGAGUUCUGUGAGGCCUGCCAGGAGGGCAUCGUGCACUGGAAGCCCAGCGAGAAGCUGCUGGAGGACGAGGCGACCACUGAUGCCUCUAAGCUGAGAGCCCAGGGGGGCUGUAGUUACAACUUCUUUUCUCUUCGUUGGUGUGUCUUCUGGGCCUUGCUCUGUGUGCUCAUUGUCUACCUGCAGGUCUCCUUCCACAGCUCUGCUAUCCUUUAG